AACGCACAGGACUUCAUGUGGGAUGAAAGUGUGCAGCUUUUUCAUCUGAACCAGUGUGAAAUGGAUUUUAAUUAUUUGUAAACCGAGAAGAGAAGAAUCUAAUCUAAGUGUUGUAAGAUAUCACAAUGCCAGAGAAUCUACCUUUAAAUUCUACCUGGGAGGACCGCAAUUUCUCCAGCUCCUCGGAAUAUCAGGAUGAUCGUUCCACCCGUCAGAACAUCACCUACGUGGAUUCCUACCUCCACGAGCCGGCCGUGGCGGCUGUUUUCACAGCAUCGUACCUGCUUAUCUUCAUGGUGUGCAUGGUGGGCAAUGGGGUGGUAUGUUUUAUCUUGCUACGCAGCAGGAACAUGCGCACCGUCACCAAUCUGUUCAUUCUGAAUCUUGCCAUCAGCGACCUGCUGGUUGGAAUAUUCUGCAUGCCAACCACGCUUGUGGACAACAUAAUAACAGGAUGGCCUUUUGGAAGCAUUGUGUGUAAGCUAAGUGGGAUGGUUCAAGGGAUAUCUGUAUCAGCAUCUGUGUUUACCUUAGUCGCAAUAGCUGUUGACAGGUUCCGCUGCAUUGUCUACCCUUUCAAGCAGAAGCUGACCAUCACCACCUCGAAGCUGAUUAUCGUCGUCAUAUGGGUGCUGGCUGUGUUCAUCAUGUGUCCCUCUGGGGUCAUGCUCCAGGUGACAAAGGAGCAGACCGUACGGAUAGUUCUUGGUCCCAGCGGCAACACUCGUCCCUUUUACUGGUGUCGGGAGGACUGGCCGAGUCAGGAGAUGCGGAAGAUCUACACCACUGUGCUUUUUGCAAAUAUCUACCUUGCUCCUCUCAGCCUCAUUGUCAUCAUGUAUGCGCGCAUCGGUUUCACCCUCUUCAAGACCACUCUUCCUCCUGGAUGGGGCAGUGGGACAGCACACAGGGAAGGCGGUGGCCACAAGUUCAGCAUGGACAGUCGCCAAACCAUCUCGAGGAAGAAGAAGCGUGUGAUAAUGAUGCUUGUGUUGGUGGCUCUGGUUUUUGUUUUGUCUUGGCUGCCUCUGUGGACGCUGAUGAUGCUGAGCGACUAUGCCAGCUUGACAGAGCAUCAGCAUCGAGUCAUUAAUAUCUACGUGUACCCGUUUGCCCACUGGUUGGCCUUCUGCAACAGCAGCGUCAAUCCCAUCAUUUACGGUUUCUUCAAUGAGAACUUUCGUCGAGGCUUCCAGGCAGCCUUUAAAUUCCAGCUGUGCUCUGUGGACAUUGUGCGUCAGAGAACCUUCUCCCGUCGUAUCAGAGGGAACGCCGUGCUCCCGCUCCAGCCCACAGCCUCGCAUAGAUCGGGCUCUAGGGCUGGGUCAGCGUUUGAUGCGAAUGGAAAGUGCUCAUGCCAGGAAGAACAGUGCUUUUCGGGUAGAAAUGAUGUUAGGGAACAAGAUCUGAUCAUGGAGGAUUUGGAAGUGUCACAUAUUUAGAGUUAGACUUGAACUAGGCUUUACGGACCGAUACCAACACUUGUGGUUCAUCCAGGACCAUUACAGUGUAAUGGGCUUGCCACACGGGAGGCGACAUCGCCUCUCCUCCAUUCAUUUUCAAUGAAACAUGCGCGACAAAACGAUAAUCGCGGGUCUCUCUCCUACUAAGCGAAACGCGAAAAACGUGCGUGUGAAAUUUUGCGCUCGUGCACGUGUCGUGCACAGGCGACCCAGCAACGCGAUCCCAGAAAGUUAAAACAUUUUCAACUUUUCAUCGCUGUCGCUCGGACGAGGACCAAUCAACGGAGGUUUCAUUCACUGACCAAUGAGCGGACAGGAUGCUCCGUACAUCUCCGAGCAAACAUGGAGGAGAAGUUGAUUAUUAUGUUUUAUAUAGUAAAAUCAGAAGUAAGAUUUCACAUAACUCUAGCAGCACCUUGUGAAACAUCAUAUCUACCGCUUUAUUAACUCUGAACCGCUUAAAUAACCUUAAUUCCCUCCAACCUGACACAGCCAAGCAAAACAACGGAAGUUUAGAUUUCGCCAUGGAACAGAACGCGUAGACGGCUUUGCCGCUGGCCGCUGCCGCGGAUCGCCUCCCGUGUGUCGGGUAAUAAAAGCGACGGCGACAAAUUUCGCUGAUCGCGGUCAUUUGUCGCCUCCCGUGUGUCGAGCCCAUAACCCUGUUCAUGCUUGUUGGAAGUAAGUAUCCUCGGAUACUCUGCAGUAUUUGUUACCAUGAGUCACUAUGACUGUUGUAUAUGAUGUAAAUACAAAUAACAGUAUAAUAAGACAUUCAAGCUCCUGAAAACUUGAUUAAAAUGAUUUUUGUUUUAAAUAAAUUAAUAGGCAUCCUGUAAUCUUCACGAGUGAUGCUGGGAUUGUGUUUCUUAGUAAAUGGCAAAUUUGUAUUUGUAUAGUGCCUUCUAGGGUUCCACAACCCCCCCAAGGCACUUCGCAACACAAUCAGUCAUCCAACCAUGCACACAAACAUUCACACGCUGGUGUUGAUGAGCUACAGUGUAGCUACAGCUGCCCUGGGGCGCACUGAUAGAAGUAACAUUACUCUAGGACCACGUUUUCCAGAAAACGAAUGCAUUACUAUUUCCAAACCAGUUUUCUGAUUAAAGUCACUUAUCCAAGUUACUGUGUUGAUAUUUUUGCCAUUUCUUUAGUAAAAAGAUACAUUUGCUUCGCUGUUGAGUCUUGGUGUCACGCAUGUAACAAGUCACAUUUUCAGCACGAGGACAGCUCACGUGUAAACCAAGCAGCCAGUAACACAAACAUAAACAACAAUGAAGAGGGGAGGACAAUGUUUCAGCUAAAGAUGAGUCCGUUUUAACUCUGUGCUGUUGAGAGCUUCAGAAACACUAUGUCAAAGUUUGGGCAGCCUAGCAAAUCUUCGUGAUUUUUAAAUCGUUAACGAUAAAAAAUGUCAGUGAAAUAUAUCAUUAGGAGACACACACAGUGAUAUUUGAGAAGUGAAAACAAGUUCAUAGGAUUUACAGAAAGUGUGCAAUAAUUGUUUAAACUAAAUUAGACAGGUGCAUACAUUUGGGCACUGUUGUCAUUUUAUUGAUUCCAACACCUUUAGAACUAAUUAUUGGAACUUGAAAUUGGUUUAGUAAGCUCAGUGACCCUUGACCUUUGGCACACUUCACACAAGGAGAUGCUGCAUGUGAGAGUGAUGCAGAGGAAGUCUUUUCUCCACCCACAGAACAAACAGAGCUGUUUGAGGUUUGCUAAAGAGCAAUUGGACAAGCCAGCUUCAUUAUGGAAUAAGGUGCUGUGGACUGAUGAAACUAAAACAGAGUUAUUUGGGCAUAACAAGGGGCGUUAUGCAUGGAGGAAAAAGAACAUAGCAUUCCAAGAAAAACGCCUGCUACCUACAGUAAAACAUGGUGGUGGUUCCAUCAUGCUGUGGGCUGUGUGGCCAGUGCAGGGACUGGGAAUCUUGUUAAAGUUACGGGAUGCAUGGAUUCAUCUCAAGAUCAGCAGAUUCCGGAGACCAAUGUGGCUGGCUCUUUCAACAAGACAACCACUCUAAACACUGCUCAACAUCUACUAAGGUAUUCGUGCAGAGGAACAAGUAGAACAUUCUGGAAUGGCCAUCUCAAUCCGCAGACCUGAAGAUUAUUGAAAAUCUGUGGUGUGAGUUCAAGAGAGCUGCCCAUGCUCAAAAGCCACCAAACCUGAAUGAACUAGAGAGGUUUUCGAAAGAAUGGUCCAAAAUACCUUCAACCAGAAUCCAGACGCUCAUUGGAAGCUAUAGGAAGCGUUAGAGGCUGUUAUUUCUGCAAAAGGAGGAUCUACUAGAUUUUUAGUUCAUUCAUUUUGCCUAAUUUAGUUCAAACAAGUAUUGCACACUUUUUGCAAACCUAUAAACUUUGUUUCACUUCUCAACUGUUACUGUGUGUGCCUCCUAAUGAUAUUUUUAACUGAAACGUUUUAUCGUAACAACCAACACCUUAUACAGGAAUAUAAUGAAGAUUAACAAGGCUGCCCAAACGUUCACAUCCCACUGUAUUUGGAGUCUCACCACAACUGUCCUUCUUAAAUUGUAUCCAUUUUCUGCUCAGGAAGUAGUCUUUAAGUUGAAACUACAUUUUUAGGAGAUGCAUUGUUGAUUUUACUGUUCAAAUGCACUUCCAGUAAAGUGAGUAUUAGUAAACAAGUUGUCAAGUUAUUUGUGUGUGCCUGU